GUCUACUCUUAACAUGCUGGCCACAUUCUCGGAGACUUAUCCGAGUCUUAAUACUCUGCUUCGAGCCGCACCACUCACGUUAUGGCAUGAUCGGCAAGCAGGUCUCUCCAUACAACCCAUUUGAAAAUCCUACCUCUAAUCAAAAUCAUUGAACGACCCCUAAUAUAAUAAUAUGAUUGUUCAUAAUAAGAGGACCAAAUCCAAUACAUGGGAAAAUGAAGGCACCAAGUCAGGGGAGCGCAUCCUGACCUGUUGUAUUAUACCAUAACCAUUUUUACGAUCUUACUUAUAGUCUCUACUCGAGCCUGUUUCGUCCCGGACAACACGGCAUGGCCGUAGAGCCGUGGACCUUCAACCUUGAACCUUGAACCUCCUUAUAAAUAUAUUUAUAAGGAGUUAUAGUUAUUUAAGACUACUUGUUUUUUCCAUUGAUUCUAAUCGCAACACUGUUGUGAGCCCGCAUCGCACCGAAGCAGCUCUUGUUGCAAAAACAUUCACGACGCCUAUCUCAAACUACUCGAAUCGAUCGAAAGAUUACAAUCUGGUAUGGCGCAAUCUUCUUUUUCCACUACCGGAAUCGUUCUCGUAACUAGGGGAAAUUGAUCUAAUACAUAAAUCCCAUAAGGAGCGUAAACAGAACAUGGUAGUACCUCAUCUUGAUGUCUUGGUCAGAUGAAGUACGGCUGGUGCUACUAGAACUUUUCCCGCCCCCCCAGCCCCAUUGCCUCUUGCAUUUUGUUGCCUCUCUCUUCAUCAAUCAGAUUUAUACGCAUUUUGUCCGAUAACGAUCAGAAGUACUUGUACCUUGGUUUCUUGUUGUGGUUGUCCGAUCAUCCUGCCAUCGUCCUUGUCCCGACGACCACCAAGCAGAUAUGUUGCAGGAGAGGGAGGAAACACUACCGUAGGACACAACUACAACUAAAUUUAGAAGAACAAGGAGGACAUUUUUUUCCUGUUAUUCUUGACGACGUCGUGGCCUUGGUUUUUUACAACUCUGUUAGAUGAAGAAGAAAGUGGACCAGAACGAUCAUAAGUAAAACUCUUAGGCAGGCUGGAAGAACAAGAAACCACUUCCAGAAAGCCGCUCUCGUGGAGGAGGAGGACUACAUCUCCGUUGGUCCCAAGAACAAGACGAACACUGAGGAGGACUACAUCCGUAGCAACAACAACAACAAAGGGGUCAAGGACACGAACACGAACUUCUACACAA